AUGUCGCUCCGACCGUCGCCCAUCUUGCGCCAAUUGGCCUCACUAUCCUCUCGCCCUCGCAUACAGUUACAAAGUACCCCGUGGAUCUGUCGACAAUGCCAAAAUUCCCGUCCCAUCCUGCAACGAAGACGCUACGCCAGUCAGCCCGCUGAUGAUCCAUCUUUCACUUCAAUUGUCGAUGUCCAACCUCAACUUGUUCGCGUUGGUGGCAGAAAACAUGGCUGGGGCCUGUUAGUCUUAGCCAUCAUCCCGAUCACUGCUUUCGCCCUUGGUUCAUGGCAGGUCGCGAGGCUAGGAUGGAAGACUGAACUCAUCGCCCGCUUCGAAGACCGCCUCGUGCGCGACCCUUUGCCUCUACCACCCAGUAUCGAUCCAGCUGCCAUCAAGGACUUCGACUACAGAAGAGUCUACGCCACUGGCAAGUUCCGCCAUGACCAAGAGAUGCUCAUCGGACCCAGACUUAAUGACGGCAACGAUGGCUACAUGGUCGUCACACCUCUCGAACGCCAGUUUGAAGGCUACUCUGGCAACACCAAAAUCCUCAUCUGCCGAGGCUGGAUUCCGAAAGACAAGGCGAGCCAACGUGCUAGACCCGAAGGCCUACCACAAGGCGAAGUCACCGUCCAGGGUCUGCUGAGAGAGCCGUGGAAGAAGAACAUGUUCACACCUGAAAAUAAGCCCGAACAGGGUGCUUUCUACUUCCCGGACGUUCAACAAAUGGCUGACCUGACGGGCAGUCAGCCUGUAUGGAUUGAAGAGACCAUGAAGCCUGACCUUGUCGAGUCCUACGACAGAGAAGCAAAGGGUAUUCCUAUUGGAAGACCAGCCGAGGUAAACCUUCGAAACAACCAUACACAGUACAUUUUCACAUGGUCAGUCUAUCGUCUCUCUUGUCACUGUCAUAUCCAUACUGACGUUAACGACUACCAGNNGUACUCUUUGGCUGCCGCUACAUCUGUCAUGCUCUGGAUGGUUGUAAAGAAGCCUGCAUCUCGUGCAGCUCGUAGAGUGCGCCAGUCGGGUCAAUGGUAA